AUGAGGACCCUUCACGUGGGAAAGGGCGGUUUGAUCGAUGGUCCAGAUGCCUUGUCGUUCGAAACCAUUCAUGCGACCGCCAUCCCCCCAGUCACUGGCGUCGACAGGCGCUGGAUGCCCUGCAUGUUCAAACCCAUGGGCUCUUACUGA